GUGCUUUUAUUCUAUAAUUCAUUUAUUUCUUAGUUUCUUGUUCAGAGUAUGUCGUCAUUACCCGAUACAGUGUCUGUUCUUGAUUGUCCUAACGGGUCUAAGGUGUAUCUAGUCGGUACGGCUCACUUUAGUAAAGAGAGUGCCACUGAUGUGCAGAAAACAAUCCAACAAGUUCGUCCUGAUGGUGUUGUUCUUGAACUAUGUGUUGAGAGACAAAUGAUACUAAACAUGAGAGACGAGGACAUCAUGCAACAAGCAAAAGACCUCAACUGGGAGAAGGUGAGAGCCUUCAUGGCCUCAGAGGGACAAGUGGCAGGACUCACUCACGCCGUGUUCAUUAAAAUAUCGGCUAACCUAAUGGAUAAACUGGGCGUGGCACCGGGUGGAGAGUUUCGAAUGGGUUUCCAAGAAGGAACGAAAGUUGGUAGUACUAUAUUGCUAGGUGAUCGCUCCAUCAGGAUGACUUUUAAAAGAGCGUUGAGGGCGUUACCAAUCUGGCAACAGUUGAGGCUGUUCUAUAUGCUGUUUACUUCUGUGGCUUUUGAUUUGGAUAUUUCACCAGAGGAUAUUGAGAAGAUGAAGAACUUUGAUAUGGUGGAGAUGCUAACAGGUGAGCUA